AUGCCGGACGUGAGCCCCCUACUCGAAACUUUCACAAACCACUGGAAGCUGGCUGUGGCCGCAACUAUCUUUACACUAAUGCUUGCUGCCCUAACCUACAUGGUAGGACCUAUCGCUCUAAUUUACGUAGCAAGAUGCUUGCUCCACAUUCUCAAAACACUGCUCGUGACGGCAUGGAGUUGCUUGCAGCGGAACCAGCCUGAGCGCGCUGGUCAACAACCGAUUAUUCAACGGUCAGCUGAUACCAUGCAGCCACAAGCAAGCAAAAAUCAGUUGGCUUACCGAUCAAGCGGCUGCCAUUGUUGCCGCGUUGGCUCGGAUCCUCUCGAGUUGCCCGCUUGUGGGCUACCAGCCGAAGAGAAUACCAGAGCGGCUUAG